AUGGAACCCGGGCGGGGGCCUGAGGCUGCUGCCCUCCGCCUGGGCCAGCCGGCCCUGCUGCUAUGCGCUUUGGCCCUGAGGUGCACCUUCUCCUCGCCAGCUUCUCCCCCGCCUUCUCUGGUGCCCCAAGUCAGAAGCAGCUACAAUUUCGGAAGGGCUUUCCUCGGUCUUGAUAAAUGCAAUGCCUGCAUCGGGACAUCUAUUUGCAAGAAGUUCUUUAAAGAAGAAAUAAGGUUCAACGACUCGCUGGCUUCCCCCCUCGGGCUGCCUCCCGACCACUCACCUUCUUACCCAGCCAACUACUCAGAUGAUUCCAAAACCUGGCGCACUGUGGAGAUCUUCCGGCUGCUCAGCACAUACCAACAUGAGAUCUCGGACAGCAGAAUUUGUGCCUCUGCCUCAGCCCCCAAAACCUGCAGCAUUGAGCGCGUCCUGCGGAAAACGGGGAGGUUCCAGAAAUGGUUGCAGGCCAAGCGCCUCACACCAGACCUGGUGCAGGGCCUGGCCAGCCCCCUCCUGCGCUGCCCAUCACAGCGACUGCUGGACCGCGUGGUGCGGCGAUAUGCUGAGGUGGCCGACGCUGGCAGCAUUUUCAUGGACCACUUCACAGAGCGCGACAAACUGCGUCUACUCUACACGCUGGCUGUCAACACGCAUCCCAUCCUCCUCCAGAUCUUUCCUGGGGCUGAGGGAUGGCCGCUGCCCAAGUACCUGGGCUCCUGUGGCAGGUUCCUGGUCAGCACCAGCACCAGACCACUACAGGAAUUCUUCAGCGCACCCCCGGAUCAGGCAGCCGACCUCGCUUAUCAGCUCCUUGGCGUCCUGGAGUCUCUGAGGAGCAAUGAUCUGAACUAUUUCUUUUACUUCACUCGUGUUGACGCAGGCAUGUUUGGCAUCUUUACCAACGGGCAUCUGUUCAUCCGGGAUGCCAGCGCACUGGGCGUCAUCGACAAGCAGGAAGGGAGUUACACCACCUUCAAGACAGCAGACAAUAAGGACAUUUUCAGCUGCUUAGUGUCUGGUUGCCAGACCCAGCUGCCCUCCUGUGACAUGGUCCCCGAGAAGCAGAGCCUGGUGCUGGUGUGUCGGCAGCUGCUACCUCGACUUCUCCAAGGGCGAUUCCACUCCCCAGUGCAAGAAGAGAUAGACUCUGCUCUGGCUCAGUGUGGGGAGGACACCCGCUCAGACCUUGAAGUUCUUGAGGCUGCCAGUCGUCUGAAAGCCAUGUUGAGACCUCUGAGAACCUGUGACCCCAGAUUUGCCUACCGAUACCCAGACUGCAAGUACAACGAGAAGUUCUGA